AGCUGGCACACGGCAACGCGUAUUUUGUUAUUGCGCGUGAUGGCACUUAUUUUAAAUCGUCGAAUUCGGCACCUAUUUCGCUUAAGACAGAUGGUGUAUGGGCAGAUAGUGAUUGUUAAGUACCUUAAAUUUGUUUUUUUGAAUGAGACUUGUUUAAACGACCAACAGUGUAUUCAGAUUUCGACGAGGGAAAUGUAAACUUGGCGCAAACAGAGGAAAGUGCAUGACGUAUCAGUCUUGGAAUGAUGGCUAUUAAUCAUGGCUAUGUGCUAGAUAUUCCAGUUAACAUUAGACACAGCUACUAAACUAAAGCACCAAAGCUAGCUAGCUACCUAGCUAUAUAUAUAUUAGCCGAAGUAGUGGACCAGAAGAUGGAGUGUGUGAUGUUGUGUUUAAUUAUUCCAUACCACUGUGUGGUUAAUAGAUAAAGGUAUAUUUUGCUUACUACUAGUGUGAUUUGGUUUUUAAACACUUAAAGUAUUAGGCUUGGAAAUUUGUUGAUUCCAGAUACCAAUUUGUUACCCACUCAGUUCUUGCAAACUGUUUACUGUUUACCAUUAUUCUUUUUUACAAAAACGUCUCUCUUCCAACUUUCCAGGCCUAAAGUUAGCUAAGAGUCAGAGUAGGUUACUUUAUAGCUAGCUUAUACUGUUUUAAAAAGCAAGAUUUAGAUAAUAAUUGAAGAGAUAAUGAUUAUAUAAUGUUAUUUUUGUAAAUAUUCCAUUGUUUAGUAUGUAUAGCUAUAUCAUAAUUGCUGACGUAAACUAGAAAGGCAGAUAAUACACAGUCUAGGUAGGAAUGGUAUUUUAAAAAUAAUAUGCAUUGGUUGAAAGUUUUGCAGCUUAUGUUAGACAAUAAAAUUAUUAGUGCAGUUUCGCUUGAUAUAUUUUCAGCUUUAAAAAUGAGUAUUAAAAAUAAACAAGUUUAUGAUCUUUUUUCUUCAUUGAAUGAAAAAGCAUUAAAGAAGUAAGUGAUGGAUUUGUUUUACUUGGUGUUGAAAUAACAUGUCCAGAAAAAGCGUUAUAUACAAAAGUUAAAAGACUAGUAGAGAAAGUAAAUGGUCUGAAAAAAAGGAAAGCUAAUUCUGCUAUAGAAACUUUGUUGGAAGCUGAGUUUAGUGUUCCAGUGCAAAUUACCCCACAUCAGCGAUCUAUUGAUGCGGCUAGUUCUAGAAAUGAAGUUUUGUUUAAAGAGAAAAUGAAACAAUUAAAGGAGGAAAACAAAAGUUUAAAAAGAAAGUGCGAAAAUUUUCAAGAAUUAGAAAUUCAAUACAACACACAAGUCGAAGAGGUUAAGUAACUUAGUAACGAGUUAUUUGUAGCAAUGAAGGAUGAAAAUAAGUUGACAGCAGAAUAUCGUCGUAUAAAGAACAAUUAUCUUGAAGUAGAGGAAAAACUUAGAAAUGUGGAAUUGAAAUUUAAAGAUAAUAGCAAAGCGAGGGCAGAUAAAUUGAGAAAUUUAUCAAAGAAAAUUAAAAACAGAGAUGAUAAAAUUAAUAAAAUGGAAUCAGAAAUAGCUUAAUUGAUAUCUGGUACUGAGAAUAAAAGUGUUGAGUUGGAUGACAUGAAAGUAAACUUGAACAGACUCAAUGAUAAAUUAGAAAACAGUGAAACUAUAGUUGAUGAUCUGCGGAAUGAGAAAGCAAAACUGAAAAGAAAGACGCACAGUUUGUUGUUAAAAAUUGAAAACCAGAAAAAAUUGAUUGACCACAAAGAAGUGAAUGAUAUGAAGUGUUUAAAAAGUGAUUAUGACAAACUCUGUACAAACAUGAAGCAACUUACUGAAGAAAAUCGUGAUUUGCAAAUGCUCGUUUCGUUAUUAAACGACAAUGAAAUUGUAACAUUUGAAGGUGGACGUUAUUCAGACGAAAUAAGAGAAGUUGUUAUGGAAUUACUUUCCUUGAAUGUCAGCAUGGGAAAGGUAAAUGAUGUGAUCAAGGUUGUACUUGAAAAACUUGCAAAAAAAAGGGUUGACAGGUUGCCUUCACAAGGUUUAAAAAGUCAUUUAAUGCAAGAAGCAUUAAUUUUAGCACAAUUACAGGUUGCAGAAGCAAUGAUUGAUAAUGACAAGGAGGCGUUUGGUAAUUGUUUACAUGGAGAUGGUACAUCAAAAUACCAUAAACAUUAUCAAAAUUUUCAGAUUACAACAUCGAAAGGAAAAACUUUAACAUUUGGAUUAUCAGAAGUUGCAGGUGGCGAUGCGGCAACAGUAAUGAAAAAUUUUACUGACACAAUUGAUGACAUGUGUGACAUUCUGAAAGAAUGUGACAAGGAUGCAAAUUUUUCCCGGCUUGUCACAUCAAUCAAAUCUACAAUGUCGGAUCUUGGCCCUAUUAAUCCUUUAUUUAACUCACAACUGAAAUCUUUAAGGGAAAAAUUAUUACCAAAUGUUGUAGAAAACUGGAAUUAUUUAAGCGAAACACAAAAAACGGACAUGACCGAUAUGGGAAAUUUCUUUUGCAAAUUACAUCUUCUGGCAAAUUUUGCCUCAGAGGCAGAUAAAGUUCUGCAUUCAUUUGAGAGAAUGGUCCUCUGUGAUGACUAUGAAACAGUAUUUGCCUUCAAUAGUGCAAAAGAAUCUUCUGCUUCUAGAUUAGUGCGUACAGCUUGUAAAGCUUUUCAUGUGCGUGGAAGUGACGAAUGUGGAGUAGCAUCGUAUUUUAACUCGUUUUUAGCUGGUCGCAAUCAGAAAUCUUACUUUGUACCAUUUAUUGGAAAUCGUUUUUACAUAUUGUUUUAUAACGCUGCUGCAUUAUAUUACCAUCGUGAUGCAGUCGUAUCUUUUCUUUCAUCAUGGCCUGAUCCUAAUAAUUUACUGAAAGCUGUAAAUGAAGACGUAUCAAAUAAGUUGUUUCUUAACUUGGCAUUAUUGAUAAAUUAUUGACUGGUCCAUUGUGGCGAUUAAUAGAGUCUUGUGAAAGUAUCCUCGAAAUAAAUCCAUACCUGUUACAACUUAAAGUCAAACUAUCUGCACUCUGCAACAAUUGUUCAUCACUUCUAUCUGGCAGUCAUAUUUUCCAAGAGGAUGGUAUUAUUGUGCACAACAAAGAUGAAUUAUUUAUCAAGCUAUUUGAGGAUACAGGUGAUGAUGAAUUGGAUAUUCUAACACAGCAAGCCCUUGAUAUUAUUUGCCAUGCAAUUCUCAUCAUCUUAGAGCGUCAAUGUAAGGAUCAACUGCCUGGAGGAAAGUACUGGAGCCCCAGUCAGAUAAUAAAGGAGACGUCAUCAAUUGUACCAGUAACCAAUAAGGCUUCUGAAAGUGACUUUGCAAUUUUGGAUUUGUUAGUGAAAACAGAGAUAGGAAAAGGCGGAUGUUAGGACAGACCCCGUUGGCACUUUACCAUUCCACGUCAAAUUAUAGGCCAUCCACGUCAAAUCAACGAUAGAAGAGUCUAUAAAAUCCGUUAGCACCUACGAAUGUCCGGAUCCGCCCCAACCCCCCAACCCCCGCCGUGU